AUGCGGCUCGGGGGACACCCCCGCAGGCCUUGCUCCGGGAAGGGCCACGAGGGGCCCCGAAGCAGUCCAGGCCACGUGCAGUUUUGCGAGAACCUGGAGGGUCAGCCCAGGCGCCAGAGUACCCCCUCUCCUGGGCCUGCCACGCCUUCGGGGGUUCGGGGGUCCCCUCGGCCCAGGCGCUGUGACUCUCCGACGUCCUUCUCGCCGGCAGCCCUUCCCCCAUCCAGGGACCACCUCUGGUUCUACAGGCGGUCGCCCACCCUGGAAGCCCACGGCCCCGCCCCCCGCCGACCGGCCGCCUGUUGCGUCCGGCGAAGCAGCGCCUUCUUUGGGGCCAGAGCGGCGGGAGGGACGGUGGCGAGGGGCGGUUCUGCCUCGGGGAGGGCCUUAUCGCGGCAGGAGGUGCUUCCGGGACAGAGGGCGGGCAAGAUGGCGGCGCCCAUGGAGCUCUUCUGCUGGUCGGGGGCCUGGGGGCUCCCGUCUGUGGACCUGGAUAGCCUGACCGUGUUGACCUAUGCCAGGUUUACUGGUGCCCCACUCAAGGUACACAAGAUCACCAAUCCCUGGCGGAGUCCUUCAGGGACUCUGCCUGCCCUUCGUACCAGUCAUGGAGAAGUCAUCUCGAUGCCACACAAAAUCAUCACUCACCUUCAAAAAGAGAAGUACAACGCCAAUUAUGACCUAUCAGCCCUGCAAAGGGCAGACACGCUGGCCUUCAUGUCUCUCAUGGAAGAGAAGCUUCUCCCAGUGCUGAUACACACUUUUUGGAUAGAUGCCAAGAAUUAUGUGGAAGUGACCCGGAAGUGGUAUGCAGAGGCUAUGCCCUUUCCUCUCAACUUCUUCCUGCCCGGUCGUAUGCAGCGACAAUACAUGGAGCGUUUGCAGCUGCUCUGUGGGGAGCACAGUCCGGAGAAUGAGGAGGAACUGGAGAAGGAGCUGUACCAAGAAGCUCGGGAGUGCCUGACCCUUCUGUCUCAGCGCCUGGGUUCUCAGAAAUUCUUUUUUGGAGAUGCCCCCGCCUCCCUGGAUGCCUUUGUCUUUAGCUACUUGGCCCUGCUGCUCCAGGCCAAGCUGCCCAGUGGGAAGCUACAGGCCCACCUCCGGGGUCUGCACAACCUCUGUGCCUAUUGCAGCCAUAUCCUCAGCCUGUACUUCCCCUGGGAAGGAGCUGAGGUGCCACCCCCACGUCCGACACCAACAGCCCCAGAAACUGAGGAGGAGCCAUACCCGCGCCGGAACCAGAUCCUGUCUGUGCUAGCAGGACUGGCAGCCAUGGUAGGCUACGCCUUGCUCAGUGGUAUUGUCUCCAUUCAGCGGGCAACACCUGCCCGGGCCCCAGGUACCCGGGCCCUGAGCAUGGCUGAGGAGGAUGAAGAGGAAUGAGUUAUCCCCAUUUCCCAGGACUGACUUUUCUAUUCUUAUGCAUUCCAAAGGCCACAUUUCUCUCUGUUGUUAGCACAGCCAGAAAUGGGGUGCCACUCCCCAGAAUAAACCUGCUCACUGACUG